CUGGGCAUCGCCGACCUGCUGCUCACCAAUUUCCUGUAUACAAAGACUUCCAGAUCCGAUGACUCCGUUGAGCACCAGUUGGAAGUUGGAUACGUACGAGUCACCAACUUGUUACCGAAUGAGCCUUUCCCCGAGGUGCUGGUGCCGCAGGCGGCGUCGGGGCGCGCCCCGCUGGCGCGGCGCGCGGCGCUGCGCGUGUUCUGCCGCGACCGGCCGCCCGUCGGCGGCAUCUCCGUCAAGGAGCACUUCGAGGUCAACAUCGUGCCCAUACGCAUCGGUACGUGCCCGCCAACUCAUCCUAUUGCCGGGGCGCGGCGCGCGGCGCUGCGCGUGUUCUGCCGCGACCGGCCGCCCGUCGGCGGCAUCUCCGUCAAGGAGCACUUCGAGGUCAACAUCGUGCCCAUACGCAUCGGUACGUGCCCGCCAACUCAUCCUAUUGCCGGGGCGCGGCGCGCGGCGCUGCGCGUGUUCUGCCGCGACCGGCCGCCCGUCGGCGGCAUCUCCGUCAAGGAGCACUUCGAGGUCAACAUCGUGCCCAUACGCAUCGGUACGUGCCCGCCAACUCAUCCUAUUGCCGGGGCGCGGCGCGCGGCGCUGCGCGUGUUCUGCCGCGACCGGCCGCCCGUCGGCGGCAUCUCCGUCAAGGAGCACUUCGAGGUCAACAUCGUGCCCAUACGCAUCGGUACGUGCCCGCCAACUCAUCCUAUUGCCGGGGCGCGGCGCGCGGCGCUGCGCGUGUUCUGCCGCGACCGGCCGCCCGUCGGCGGCAUCUCCGUCAAGGAGCACUUCGAGGUCAACAUCGUGCCCAUACGCAUCGGACUAACGAAGAAGUUCUUCAACACAAUGCUGAAGUUCUGCUUCCCCGAGCGUGAUCCCGAGGCGAUGGAGGAGGGCGAGGAGGAGGGCGAACGCGCCACGCUACCCGCCGCCACUAAAAAGAGGAGCAAGAAGCGCGACUCCAAUUCCAACUUCUAUGUCAAGCGCGACAACAAAGAUAAAGAUGACGUCGAGAAGAUGAAAGAGCGCGCGGAGAAGAACAAGCUGUUCAUCUACAUCAAGAUCCCGGAGGUGCCGGUGCGCGUGUCGUACAAGGGCAGCAAAGAGAAGAACCUGGAGGACGUGCGUGACCUGCCGCUGGUGCUGCCCACGCUGGAGUACCACAACGUCACCUGGACCUGGCUCGACCUGCUGCUCGCCACCAAGAACGACACCAGGCGGGUGAUCCUGUCGCAGGCCAUCCGGCAGAAGCUGCAGCUGGGGCGGCGCGCGGCCGCGGCGCCCGAGCCGCACGAGGAGGACAAGGUGCGCCUGCUGCUGGGCGAGCGCACGGUGGCUGAAAACAAACCACAGAAGAAGAGCACGCCGAGUGUAUUCAAAUUCUCCAAAUCCUAA